GGCCUGCGGCGGCCUGUGGGUGCUGGGCCCUGCCGGCGGAGGGCGUCUGCCGCUGCGGAAGGCGCUCCCUGGGCGGGGCGGGUGGCUGGGCUCGGUGCCCCGCUCCUUCAGAGGCAGCAGCCGCGGCUGCCGGGCGCUCCGCUGGCGGAGGGUGCUGGGGCUCCUGCGUCGGGGAGCGGCCGCGGCGCGGCCCGUGUGGGGAAGGGGCCAUGGGCGGAGGGCUGCUGCUCCCCUCCGUGCCAGCCGGGCCUGGCCCGCGCCCGCCGAAGCAUCGGGGGGUGGUGGAGCGGUUCCUGGCAGCUCCCGUGGGGCUGCCCGAAGCCCGCGGGCCUGCCGGGACGGGCUGGCGGGUGUCGGGCUCGGCUCGGGCGGCAGCCGUGUCCCGGGCUCAGGCGGGCCGGCCCUCCCCUCUGGCUGCCGGGGCGGCGGCGGGCUCGGCCGAAGGAGUGUCACCCCCUCGCCUUCUCCCCCGGCCCGCGCCGCGGGUCGCUGGGCCCGGAGGGGUUUCUGACCCAGCUGGCGUGCAGCCGCGGAGGCGCUGCGGCAGCCCGGAGCAGGGCCCGGGGGUGGCAGGGGGCGGGUGCCCCGCAUCGUCACCGGGGCUGGCAGCCGGGUGCAGCGCUGCGGGGGGCAGGAGAGUGCGUCGGGGUCGGGCCUUGCCGCUGCCUCCGUCCCUCACUUCCCGCUGAACCCGGCUCUCGGGCUCUGGCCGAGUGCUGGGCGCCAGCCUGGCGGUCGCUGGGCCCUGGCCGUGGGGCUCCUUUUGGCCGGCGGUGCGAUAAUCCGCCUUGUGCCUAUGAAUCCCGCUGGAGCUCGGGCACCUUCCUCCCGAGCUGGGGGACCGCGGCCUCACGGCAGUUGCGUCUAUGGAGAUGCGGCUGGCUUGCGGUUUGCUUUAUCCCCACCUCAAAACACGCAGCAUGAAGCAGUGACGCCAGGAGCGUUAGCUUCCAAACGCCCCUUUUAUUGGGCUGUUAGUGUGAGCCACAGCACUUCUGAUCAUCUCUGCUCUUCAUUUUGCGCAGAGCAAGCUGGAUAAACUAGUCCUGUCUGCUGAAAAGCUGUUUAAACCCCUUGUUUAAACUUCUCCAAGUAACUCUUGGUGGUAAACACUUUCCCUUGCACGACAAACUCUUUCUGCUACUAUUGAUAAAUACGUAACUUUUGCCACAUUGCUAUUUGCAUGCCCACCUCUGCAGAAAUAAGAUAUUUCCCCUGCCUCCAGCUCUCCUUUGGCUCUGCUGGUGGGGCUGCGCUGUGCACAAAGGCAGGGAGACCAACUGCCUGAAAAGUAACCUGGCAAAAGACUAUUUUUUUUUUUUUUUCUCUCCAAGCUAGAUCUCUUUCCUGACCCGAUUGAUGGUAUGGUGUCAGAAACAGUUGUGAUGGCUCAGGGCCUGGCAUGAGUGACCAGCUGGGAAACUGGGGAUGGCCCCUGAGACACAGGAAGUUACUGGGUUUCACAGGGAUUCCUCAGCAGAGGUGGGAAUUGAUCACAGAUCUGUAGAGUCCCAGGUAAUUUUUGAUACAACCAGACAUUUUAGUGAAGGAGCUAUAAGAAAGAGAAGCCUGGAAAGACUAAAGCUGCAAGAACAGGAGCACGUUCAAAAAAGGGGGAAAAAAGGAGAGGGAGUUGAAAGAAAAAGACGUGGUGCUGAAAAGAAGUUCAAGAGAGAAAAAAGAAAGCUAAGCUCGAGAGGAGAGAAGAGAGGCAGAUAGAUGGAGAUGAGAAACAUCCCCCAAAGCAGCAGAAGGUACCAGCUGAAGAACAGCAGUGGCCAGAGAAUAUGCCUGAAUGGGAAGAAAGGAAAUCCCUGCUAGCUCAGAGAAGAGCGGAGUCUGUCAGACUGCUUACAGUGCUGUUAAAUCGUGUGAAAGAUUUUGCACAGUUGGCAAGUCAAAAAGUGGAUCCUUCGUUGGGCGUAAGGAAGAACGAUUGCUUUUCUGAAACAGCCUUAAAAGACAUACAUCAGGAACUGAUUAACUCCCAUUAUCAUACGCACAAAGAGGUGAAACAUAAGGAAGAGUUUUGGUGCCCGUUAACCCAAAAAAGUAGCAGCUUAUGUAGUGAGGAAGAUGCGAGUAACUUCCAUUCAUCUACUAGUCACAUAGUCAGGACGAUUUUAAAUGAUUCCUCUACAGCCCCAAGUUCUGACAGACUGCCUGGCAGAGCUGCAUACAGCUCCUUUGGGUCUGGGUCUUUACUGAUUACAGUUACGCAAGACUGCAGGGUCAUCGAAUCCCUCGAUGGAAGGGACUACCCAACAUUGAAUGUAGUUCAUGCACAGACAGUGUCUGAUGAAGAUGGUUGCAAAAAGCAAAAGGUUUAUGAGACUGAUGAGUUCAUCCAUUAUUUACUAAACUACUAUCAGACACCAGGCUAUGCGCGUGUUUGCUUAGAGCCAAAACCCACUGCGAACAAGUGCUGGUGGAAGAGAGUGGUGUCCGAUGAUGAUAGCGGUUUUCACAUCAGCUUGAGCAACAAGCCUGGCCAGCUGUUCAGAGAGCUGAGUCCUGUACAAAACCUCAACAAGAGAAAUUGUAGUAGUGAUGAUAAUUAUAGAGUGGUGAUCGCUGUUGAGGAGCUUGAGUCAACAGGCACAGUGUUAGAAAACAAGACCUAUGGGGGUAGGUUUACAAAAAAGUUGCAAGUGCAGAGGAAUGACUCGCUCGCUGUUGAUAACUUACCACGUGCUGGACUGAAUCAUUCUUUGGAUUGCAUUGCUGUUACUCACGAUAAGGAAUUCAAACCAGAAGAUGGUAGCGAUGAAGGUACCGUACCACACAAGGCAUGUAGAUCUGCUUGCAGAUUAAAGGAUUUGUUGGAAGAGAUCAGUGAUUCCGAGUAUUUUAGAGAGGCACGUAGCAGCUCAAUGAAGAGAACAGAAAGAAAGUGUGAAGAAAUUUACAGCAAUUGUAAUAAAGGGUGCUUGCCUGCAAGAGCUGGGGAAAGAAAAUUGCUGGUUUACCUUAAAAAUGUAACUCUGGAAGGUCAAGAGAAGGAAAGCAGCAAAUGUAGCUUCUGUUCUAAUUCUGUCCAUGAGGGCUUGGCGAGGCGGUGUGAACAUAAGCUUAAAAAGUCAUGCAAGAGGUCUAGUAGUAAAUUAAGACAUGAAGGACAGAAAUGUGAGAGACAAUCCAGGGAAGAGGAGAGAAAUGCUCGCAAAAGGAAGAAAAAACGAAAAAAGCUUUCUUCUAAUCUUUUAACUGAUGAAUGUGGCUUUUCAGAGACGGACAGUUGCAUGCAGCUGGAGUCGCUCAGAAAGAUACAAAGAAAAUGUAAGAAAAUAUUCCACAACAAAGUGAAAUUCAAGACACUUCACACUGCUAUGGCAGCACCAGACGUUACCCCUCAUGAUGGCUUGCCACUUCGGGAUACCCUCCAGAGGACAGGAGAUGAGAGGAAAUUAAUGUUGAGAAGAGAGAUGGAUGCAGAUGUCAGAGGAUGCCCUCUAUUUCCUCUUGAGAUAAUUCAGACAAACCCUUGCUCAGAUACUUUCUGUGGAGCAGAGCCCAGAAGAGGAUGCUGAAUAGCUACUAUAUAAUAGCUCUUAAGUUUUUAUAUAGAAAUGGGAGAAGAAAGCCCUUUGCCCAUGAAAAGGUAUAUGAAAUACUGGGUAUUUUUUUGCUUAGGUAAUUCCUUUGGUUAGAAUAUCUAACUGGUGUAGUGAGCCACAAAACCAGAAUCUGUGUUUGCCUUUUUGGAUAACAGAGGACCAAAACUUUCCCCAGGACCCAACAAACUUUUAUGGACCAGUUACUCAGAAUUUGAAAGGCUACAGAUUGAGACCUGAGAGUGUUAUAUUCUGAUUAAAUGUAGGGAACCAUGUAAAUAUCAAAGUUACAGGAUUUAAUAAUGAUGAGUCAUUGGGAAAAAAAAUAACUAUGUAAAUCCUAGAGCAAGCAUAUGAAGUGCCUCCUCAAUCAGAUUGUUAAAACGAUGGGAUGGGAAGGUGUGGGGGACACUUAUACUCAAUCGUGGGAAGCAAUAGAUUUCCAAACAUGGGAAAAAAAAAAAAAUCCCAUCUUUUGUAAAACCCACAGUGGCAAAAUGCUUGUUUUCUAUUUACUGCUCUAGAGGUGUUUCUGGAAACUUGCUGGUCUUUGGUAGGAUGAAUUUCACUGAACUUGUGCUAGAUGUAGUGCCUCCAGGAAUCUGAAUGCCUAAGCAAAGCUCCAAAUCUUAGAUAGGGAAAGGGCAAUGCUUGUCAGCAUGCUGACAGUCCCCAUAUUUAUGCAGGCUGAAAAUUUGUUCCCAUGAUUUCAAAAUGUGCCCUUUUGAAGGCACAUGCAAUGAGAUGGCUAUUUAGUAUGAGUUUGCUUACAAAUAAUUUCCAGAGGAAUUGUCCAAUGUUGUCAGAUUUGUGCUACAUGUAGGUAAAAAUGUGUAAACGCAGUCUAGGAGCUUGAGUUCUCUCCAUAUUUAUUCAGCUUGCUAUAUUUAGAAGACAGCCACAAUUGCUUUUGGACAAAGUCCCUUAGCAAGAUAUAGAGGACCAGUUCUAAGUUCAGUACACUGAUUAUUUUAGCUUUCCUUUUAGUAUGCUUUAUUUAUUACAUGUCAAUAUACUAAGUCAAUGUGAUGCUGUUGCCUUCAUUACAUAGACUCUUACCCAUGUUUGUAACUUCUGCUCUAAUAAAUAGUAAUAAAAAAAAAUAAGUUGUAAUUGUUCAUGGUGGAUAGUUUUUCCCCCAGUGUUCAAUACUGGUGACUCCUACAGGCUUCUAAACCAGGUUUUAUUGGUCUUCUCUCUGUUCGUGAGUUCAGAUGUGGAGUGCCUUUUCACGGUCACGAAUGACAAAUGAUUGCUACUCAAAGUACUGUUAAUCUAUUACUUUUAUCUAAAAAGAUCUUAUUUUCUUGACAUAAAUAUUUUCUGACUAUUUUGGAGAACAUUUAUCCCCCUCAAGUCUCCUUUGUAGUAUUUUAUACAGUUAAAAUGCAGAUCAACUAUUGUAUUUGUCGACUGUGUAAAUGUUUCAGUUGCACUGAUGACAUACCAAGGGUGUUUUUUCUCUAUGCAGUAUUUGCAGAUUAAAGAUGACAAAAUCUCCUCCUCUGUCAAUCAAUCUGUAGACAGUUCUGUGUGCAUAAGUACCCAUUUCCCAUGAGACAGGCCUUUCAAUUACAGGUGAGGAAGUAUUUCUUUUUGUUAAUCUGGGGGAGCAGGAACUAAAGAUUUCCUUCCUUUGGUGUAAAUUUGCAGUGUUUUAUCAACAUGUUGUCACAAUAUUCAAUAACAAAUAAACACACCAGUUCUGUAAUUGCUUCUUGCGUUCACCUAUAUUGAUUGAAGUUGAUAAAGCAAAUCGUCUAUGUCCAAGUCCUCAUUACGUGUAAAACAUUACUAGUAAAUAAAAUAUGCGUGCACUUUAAAAUGUGACACACCAUUGUAAUCUUCAUAUUGAAACAGAACUUUUGGCUUUCCUAUUUGUUUACAGGUGGCAUUAUUUAGGACCUGUUUUCAGGUGUUUUAAUAUUAAAUUCUUUACUUUUCCUAUUGACACACUUAAUUUGAGCCCCAUCCUUUCAUACACUGGACUGUUCAGUACAAUUUUAUUAUCCUGAAGGCUAAUCUUUAAAGAUACAUAUAACAGUUUGCUUUAAAACUUUUUAAAUAUAUAGCUUUGUAGAUUAAAUUUUGGUAAUUCUAGGAAUAAAUGUCACAACUCGAGUAAAAGUUACAGAAUGUUUAGAUGAUUAGAACAUUUAAUAGAUGAAAAGAUGCAUUCAAAGCAGCAUUUAUAUAGUUCAGCAAUGGAAAGGUAUAAUAUUGCUGGCAUAAUUUCAUACCUUUCAGUUUGAGCCUGGCGUGUGCUGUUGUACUCAGCUGGUGUUUCAAGAGUUUUAGGGUUUUUUUUAUGGAAACACUGUUUAUUCUGCCAUGUAUGAAGUAGGACUCUGAGACUGCAGGUCUUGCAAUUAAAUCUGACUUUCUGUACAGAAUUAAUGAAAAUGCCUCUUAAUAGAGCCAGUGAGAACAGAAGUCUUCUCAGGGGAGCUGUCUGAACCAAGCUUGUUAUCAGAAAUACAUGGCCCGUUGGGUGUACCUCGUGCUGAAUGCUGAAGUCAAAAUCCUACAGGCUGUUUUUAUAGCAGAUAUACACAAUGCCCGUUAUUACAUCAGUCCAUCUGCUUGAAAUACAAGAAUACAGUAAUUAUGAUAUAAAGCUUUUCUUAAUCCAGAGAUUCCAUGCAAUGCAUAGGAACACCUUGCCUUUUGUAAAACCCCUUAUAUAACUCUCGAUGUAAGCAUUC